AUGACGAUAAAUUUCCGUGCCCAUUCCCUCGAUCUUCAUAAAACUACAACUUGUUUGAAAACAUUGAUAAAGCAACCAUUUUUCAAACGUUCUGCCAGUGAUACUAUCGAAUUCACAAGAGUCUACCCGCCAAGACAUUUGAUAUGCUUCAAACAGUGGAACGCCAAGAUGGUCUUAGAAAUCCUGCUCAGUGCCAUGAACUUAAAAUGUCGGAUGAGAGAUACACAUAACAAGAAAUUGGAUGUAUUACCAAACACAAAGGUGAUGAUUCUGUCAGAGGUCAACGAACCCAUGUUAAAUAUGGCCGUCUCAAAAGCUGCGUCCCUUCUGGGGGCUAACGACGUCAACAUAGUUGACCAAGUAGUUUGGGAACAUGAUUAUAAUGGCAAAAUAUUCUCGGACAUGGCCGACAUAAUAUUUGUGUCGACGAAAACACACAUGUGUAUCCAGAGGUUUGCGGACAAGUCGUCAGUGCCAGUUCUGUGUAUGAUGUCCAGGACACAUGCAACCAUACAGUCCUUGUCUACCGUCAUGUCUAUUAUGGAAGAAUAUGGUUCAAUGCAAGGAGUGAAUUUAUCGUACGUGGGGCCUCCUCAUCCCGUGCUGAACUCCUACCUCCUUCUCUGUCCAAUGCUCGGAGCAAAUAUACGGUUUAAAUGUGGAUGCAAUGAAUGCCCUGUAACUCCACUCCUGCUGGACGCAAGUAAAGCAAUGACGGCUAAGACUGCGACAGAAACAGAACAGUGCAUGCACGCCAAAGAAGCAUUGAAGAACGCAUGCGUCGUCAUCGCAGGACCCACCGCGAGAAAGGACAAGAUUCAUGAGUUCGCGAUGGAUAUGCAAGAAAUAAACAAACUGACAGCGUUCCGCUGGAUAUUCUUCCACACAUGUCCUCGGGGAGAGGAAGUGGACGACAUCUUAUUUUGGAACUGCAAUGCGAGGACUUUCAAUGCAUUUCAGAACAUGCAGUAUAUAGCGGCUGCAUUAAUGGCUGCACAUGUCAGGAAUUAUAGAUUUUAACUUGUCCAUGUUUUGAGCAAUUUGUGGAGUUCUACAACCAGUUUUUGGACUAGGAUCUGCAUAUUUUUGGGGUUUUUAAAACAGUUACCUGCAUUGAUUUUGACUGUUAAAUGCAUCGUGUAAAUCUAGAAUAAAAAGAAAUAAAGUAAAGCCCAGUUUUACAAACAACUUAAAAUACUGAGGGACCAGUUCAAACAAUAUGGUUUUCUAGAAGCCUGUUGUCUUGAAAAAGUCUACAUAUUUAAAACCUACAACUUAUCCGUAGUCCUAAUUUUGGUGUAAACUAUAGCAAAUGUAAUGUGUUGAAUAUUGUAAAGUCUGUGUGUGUCUGUAUUGUACAAGCCUACAUUAGGUAUUUCAUAUUAGUAAGUAAAAUUGACAAAUCUAUACAGCCUUUUGAUGAUUAAAGUGAAUAAAAUGAUAAUCAUUUAUUUUUGAAA